CUCCUGUUACUUCACACCGACUCAGUGCAACUUCAGGCUUUGCUCACCUAAGAAGCAGAACGUUCUGUCAGUUUUCUUAAGUAUUUCUUCAGAUCAUUCAAAGAGGAAGGUUUGACAGCACCCCCUUUUCUUAUGAUUUUCAAGACACUUCUCUGAUAGCGCAUUUUUCUUUGGGAGCGUUCCGGGCUGCACUGGAUAGUUCUAGACAAGAGUAAAGUCAGCGCUGAAGUUGAACGUAAAUUGUUUAUUCUACGAUGACAGCCAGAAUUGUUUCACAAUUAUUUAAGUACGGCGAACAUUUUACCACACAAGCAUAUCACAGAAUUUUGUGCACAAAAAAAGUCCUGAGCACAAAUCUCCAGACUUCUUGGUCUAGGGCUCUCCAUGUAGAUGCUGUGCCAAGCACACCUACACUCACUACAAGCUAUGUGCACGGCACCUCAGAGGUCUCCCUGCUCAACAGCACCCUGGGACAGUGCCUAGAUCAGACUGCAGAGCGAUGUCCUGACCGAGAGGCUGUGGUCUUCCCACGCGAUGGCAUCCGAAAGACAUUUGCACAAUUCAAACAGGACGUCGACCAGGUGGCAGCUGGGCUCCUAGCUUUUGGACUGAAGAGAGGAGACAGGCUUGGUUUCUGGGGACCUAACAGUUAUGAGUGGAUACUAUUCCAAUUUGCAACAGCACAAGCAGGGAUCAUACUGGUUUCCGUUAAUCCAGCAUACCAGCUGCAUGAGGUGGAGUUUGCCUUGAGAAAGGUGCAGUGCCAAGCGGUGGUUUGCCCAACCCAGUUUAAAACCCAGCAGUAUUAUGAAAUGCUGAAGAAGAUCUGUCCAGAGCUGGAGAAUGCCACUCCUGGCAACCUGAAAAGCAAGAGGCUUCCGGAUCUUCACACUAUCAUCGUGUCGGAUAACAAGCUGCCUGGAGCUUUCAGCAUGGUGGAUGUGAGGCAGGCAGGCACAAGCACAAACAUGCAAGAGCUGCGAGCCCUUCAGAAGAAGCUGUGUUGCGACGACCCCAUUAACAUCCAGUAUACCUCGGGCACAACAGGGAGCCCGAAAGCUGCGACACUCACACACCACAACAUUGUGAACAACGCCAACUUCAUUGGCAAACGGAUGGGCUAUCAUUGGAGGGAUGUGCGAGUGUGUCUGCCUGUGCCGCUGUACCACUGCUUCGGCUCAGUGGGCGGCUCAGUGACCACUGCCAUCUUCGGCAGCACCCUCGUGUUCCCCUCCUCAGGCUUCGAUGGGCAGGCUUGUCUGGAAGCCAUCCAGAAAGAGAGGUGCACUUUUAUCUACGGGACCCCGACAAUGUUCAUCGACAUGCUGAAGCAGGCAGAAGCCAACAGCUUUGACUUGUCUUCGCUGGAAGGAGGAGUCAUGGCUGGGUCUUUUUGUCCUCCAGAGAUUGUAAAAAAAUGCAUGGCAGUAUUCAACAUAGAAGAUUUAUCGAUCGGUUAUGGCACAACGGAAAACAGCCCUGUGACAUUUUUAAACUUCCCAAAAGACACCGCGACUCGGAAGACAGAGACCGUGGGAUGCGUCAUAAAUCACACUGAGGCCAAAAUUGCAGACCCCCAGACUGGAAAGAUCAUGCCUCUGGACACCCUGGGAGAGCUGUUGAUCAGGGGCUACUGUGUGAUGCUGGGGUAUUGGAACGACCAGGAGAAGACCAGGGAGUGCAUCACCAGCAGUGGCUGGUACAAGACUGGUGACAUCGCCAGGUUAGAUAAGUACGGCUACUGCAGGAUCGAAGGCCGCAUGAAGGACAUGAUCAUCCGAGGAGGGGAGAACAUUUACCCCGCAGAAAUCGAGCAGUUCCUCCACACCCACCCCAAAGUGAUGGAGGCCCAGGUGAUUGGUGUGAAGGACGAGAGGAUGGGAGAGGAGGUGUGCGCUUGUAUCAAGCUAAAGGAAGGACAGGAGUGCACACCAGAGGAAAUCAGGGUGUUCUGUAAGGGCCAGAUAUCACAUUUCAAGAUACCACGAUAUGUGAUUUUUGUGCAGGACUACCCCCUCACUGUUUCUGGAAAGAUACAGAAGAAUAAACUGAGGGACAGAACUGAAAAAGAGCUGGGACUCUGAAAAAUCCUAAACUGUCCAUGUGUUAGGGGGGAAAAGGGAGUGAGGGGAGUUUCUUACUGUGCAUUUUUAUUUCCUCUGAGACAAUCAACACUUCUUUUGAUUUUAAAAGGCAUUUUUCUGUCUUCCACAAUGACAUCAUUCUGGGGCUUUGAUUUUAACAGAAGCACAGGUCUAAAGGAUGUCUGUUAAACCUCUGGAUGCUUUCUAUCAUUGUACACAGGUAGCAAAGAAGAAAUCAGGUUUGAGGUGUAUCUUAAAUGAAUUGAGGUGUAUCAGGGGUGUCAUACCUGUGAACUUUAUACUGACAUAUUUACUCACAGUACCCACACAAACAUUUAUGUAAUCAUUUGAAUAAGAUAGGAAUGUAUGCGAAAUUUCAAAAAAUACUGUAAGUACAAAUAAGAAAUAAAAAGCAUAAAAAACAAUGUAUAUGAAAUGUACUUGGCAUUAUUAUCUGAAAUAAAAUGUCAGUAUUAUCAAGGCAA